AUGAGAUCGCAGCACCUCCGCCGUCCCGUCGCCUCUGGCAAGUGGGCCUUGAUGAAGCUGCUGCCGCUGCUGCUGGCGCAACUAUGGGCUGCGGAGGCGGGUCUGCUCCCCAGAAAUCACACUGAUACAGAGCCCGAGACCUUCAGCGCCCCGUGCGCGCGCGGCUCGCAGGCUUGGCAAGUUUCCCUCUUCAACGGCCUCGUAUUCCACUGCGCGGGCGUCCUAGUGGAUAGGAACUGGGUGCUCACGGCCGCGCACUGCCAGCUCAACAAGCCACUAUGGGCUCGGAUCGGAGAUGACCACCUGCUACUUCUCCAGGGUGAGCAGCUCCGCCGGACCACUCGCUCCAUUGUCCACCCCAAGUACCGACAGGGUUCAGGCCCUAUCCUUCCUAGGCGCACGGAUGAACAUGACCUUAUGAUGCUGAAGCUGGCCAGGCCUGCUGUACCAGGUCCCCGCAUACAGACUCUGCGUCUACCCUACCAUUGUGUCCAGCCCGGAGAUCAGUGCCAGGCUGCUGGCUGGGGUACCUCGGUCACCCGAAGAGUGAAGUACAACAAAGGCUUGAGCUGUUCCACCGUCAAUAUCCUGAGCCCUAAGGAGUGUAAUGUCUUCUACCCUGGCGUGGUCACCAACAACAUGAUAUGUGCUGGACUGGACCAUGGCCAGGACCCAUGCCAGAGUGACUCUGGUGGUCCCCUGGUUUGUGAUGAGACCCUGCAGGGCAUCCUUUCCUGGGGAGUUUAUCCCUGUGGCUCCGCCCAGCAUCCAGCUGUCUUCACGCAGAUCUGCAAAUACGUCCCCUGGAUAGAGAAAAUCAUACGUUCCAACUGA